UUUAAUAAUGUAUAUAAGUGUAUUAAAUACAUAGUAAAUUUAUGGUUUAAAGUUUAGAACGACCUAUUUGAAAGUGUUUUAGUGCAUAUUUAAGAUUAAUUAACGAUGGGCAGAUAAUGACUGUCUGUGAUAUGUGCUUGUGUAAAUGGAUAUAGCAACAGAUAAACUCACAGAUAAUGCUAGGUAACAGGAGUCGAUGACUUUCAUGUAGGCACUUAAAAAUACACAUACCAUGGCAAAUAUGAAUGAAAGAGAUAUUCCUAGUGUUCCCAUCACAACACUAGCAGGGGUAGCCAGUUUAACGGGUUUACUACCUGAAAUGCCGCUGCCUACGCCUUUAGCUCAAACUUUGAGUACUAAAUCAUUGUUAUUUCAUCCACGAGUGGCAGAGGAGGCUUUAAAUUUGCUUGAAGUGCGUGGUGAAUCUUUAGUACCUGGUUUAGUUCAAUCUUUGGGGCAAACAUCUGCCAAUCAUAUAGAACUCAAAGAUGAGUAUAUUGGUUCUCAGUACUUGACCGAUCCACAUAAUACGAAGACACCACAGUUACUGCAAUCAAUAUUGGAAAAAAAUCCAAAUGCUUUCAAUGGUGGUAAUUUUCCUAUGCAUCUCGUAACAAAUCAUAUGCCUUGUGUAUCGAGUCAGAAUUGGAACCACAAUUCAAUGUCACCGAACAUGGGAAGAAAUAUCAUGACAAAAUAUGGCCAGAUAUCUCCAUGCGGUUCUCGGCAAAUACCUCAGGGAAGUCCAGCAGCACCUGCAUCAGCCACAUUGCCAUUUCUCCCACCUCCUGUGUCGAUGACAAAUCAUGUACAAUUUAAUCAGCACGACCUUAAUAAAGAUAUGAAUUUAACAGAUAAUACUAAUGAAUUGUCACAUGCCUUCAAUAGUGAUAGACAAGCUGCUGUUAAUAUGUAUAAUGGGAUGUAUGUAGACAAUAUGAAUAAUUUAAAUAUGAAUAAUAUUAAUGCAAAUGUCGUAAGCAGUCCUCAUGUAGGAGUAAUACGUGAUCAUGAGGAAGGAAAAUAUGUGAACCAACGAAAUUCUAUUAACUAUAUGGGCAAUGAUCAAGGAGCUGGCCGUUUUCCUAACAUAAGAGGACCAUCUCCAGCUCAAGCUAGUGAUGCACCUAUGGCAACUGGAGUAUAUACCACAACACCAUUUGAAGUAAAAUCUACUGUCGCAAUUCCUCCACCAGAUAUAUUCAAAAAUUCUUUGGUAUCAAAUAUAAAUCAAUCAAAUGAGAACAAUACAGUUAAUUGUGUAACACAACCUCAAAACUUUUCAAAUUUAACAAUACAACAAACAAAUGUUGAGCCAAGCUUAUCAAACCCUCCUUCUGAACCUGUGAUCAACAAAACCCUUGAGAAAACGGAACCAGAACAAGAGCAAAAGAAUGUAGUUGUACAAAGCAGCCAGUUAGAGAUGAACCACACUGAACCUGUAGAAGAAAAGGAUAGUUCAGAUGAAAAAGUUAAGCAAGAUUCAGAUCCAGAAUUUGUGCCUGAUGAACAAGUUGAUAAUUUUACUGCCUUACAAAGAAAACGUCCCUACAAUAAAGUUCAACCACCUACUACUGAAAUACCAAUUGUUAAGCCAAAACUGCGAAAGAUUGAACGGAAAUUUGUACCUGUUAUUCAAAAAUUAUCACAAGAAGAUUUAAUAAGAUCGAAUACUUACGUUCAGUUUAUAAAGGAAAUUAAUAAAGUUUUAGAAAAUGUCGAAGAUUACAAUACUGAAUAUGAUGAACUAUCAUCAGAUUUAUUCAUACCUCAACAUCAGCUAAUUGUUCUUUCACAAGAAGCAGCAAAAUUGAAAAAUUCUGGAGCUAUGUCUUCCAUGCCUAGUCAGAAAAUAUUACGGAUUUUAGAUAUUUUAACCCACAAUAUAAAAGGGGGAUUGAAUGUUUUGCCAUUGGCAGAUCCUGAUGAAGAUGAUGAUUCAUCUGAAAUGUGGUUAAAUACAGCUAUGGAAAGAGUAAUGGGAGCAACCGAAUCAUCUCUUAUCACUUUGUAUAUUAUGACAUCCAAAGAAAUGCCAAAGAAUGUUUAUAUUGAAGAUUUAAUAGAUCAUAUUGUUCAAUUUGCACAAUAUCAAUUACAAAACACUAUCUAUCCAACGUUAGAUGCUACACACAGGAUAGAGAAUAAUACCGUAAACAAACAAAAAAUUGAUAAACGGAAAAAACACCAGCAAGUUGUAAAUGCUCAACAGAGAAAAAAUAUUUUAUCAUUUUAUACAAAAUUAUUGGAAAUUGUUCGAUUACUUACUGAACUUUUAAGUUUACAAUCUUUAACAGAUACAACUAUACUGCAUUUAUCAUCAAUGAGUGUUUCCCCGUUUUUUGUGGAAAAUGUUAAAGAAUUACAACUAGAGUCACUGAAACUAGUUACCACAAUUUUUACAAAAUAUGAAAUGCAUCGUAAACUUCUUCUGAAUGAUAUUUUGGCUUCGAUGGCACGUUUGCCUAGCACAAAGAGGAAUUUACGGUCAUACAAAUUAGACACUGAUGCUGAUAUACAGAUGUUAACAGCAUUAGUAUUACAACUAAUUCAAUGUGUUGUUGUGCUUCCUGAUAAAUUAAUGGAACCUGAUGCAGAUACCAAGAAAAUAAACUCUGAUAGUACAAAUGAAAUAAAAUUAACCGUAGAUAAAGAUGUGUUUGUGCAACAGAAAUAUACCUCUGCUGUUAGUAUUGGUGGAAUGUUUCUCGAUACAUUUUUAAACAAAUGCAGAAGUCGACAGGAAGAAACUGAUUUUAGGCCUAUGUUUGAAAAUUUUGUUCAAGAUUUACUUGUUACUGUCAAUAAACCACAAUGGCCGGCUGCUGAACUACUCUUGAGCUUAUUGGGCACGAUGCUGAUCAAAUAUAUAUCAAAUAAAAGCAUGGAUGUUGGCAUUCGAGUGACAUCAUUGGAAUAUUUGGGGUUAGUGGCAGCAAGAUUACGUAAAGAUUUAGUUUAUUCAACUUGUAAAGUGGAUAUGGUGGAUAAAAUGAUCGCAGAUAUUAAAGCAGAGGAACAAAAAGAGGGCGAUUUUGAUUCUGAUGAGAAAAAAACAAAUGUGGUACUAAGUGCCGAAGAAGAAAGAGUGCAGUAUCUGCAAAGUGUACUGUUGGAUUUUUUAGCAAUAAAUGCCGAACAAGAUAUUUCUUGGACACAUGCGAGGCAUUUUUAUUUGUGUCAGUGGUAUAUUGACAAUAAUACUGAGAAAAGUAGGAUAGCAGCUGGAGGUACUCAUAAAAUGCAUUCUAGAAAACAAUCAAGAAAAAAGAGAUCUAAUAAAGGUGAAGACACAAGUGAUGAAGAUGCAUAUUCAGAUCCAAAUGAAGAAAUAAACAGAAUGACAAGAGUAUCAGAUCAACAAUUGAAUUCUGAAGUCUACAGUUUAAUUGAGCAUAGGAAAAAAUUUUUACUGAAUAAAAUCAAGCCCUUUCAUGAUAAAUAUUCUGGAGGCAUUAAAGUACAGAUAUUUAAAACUUAUAUUAAUUAUAGCAAUGCCGAACUAAUAGCACAGUACCUGGCUUCAAAUCGUCCAUUCUCGAAGAGUUUUGAUAAGUUUUUGAAAAAUAUGGUACUUGUACUUUGUGAGAAUUCAAUAGCAAUUAGAACAAAAGUUAUGAAGUGUAUGAGCAUGAUUGUGGAAGUAGACUCAAAAGUUUUAGCGAGGAGUGACAUGGCCUGUUCUGUGAAAAAUUCUUUGUUAGAUCCAGCAGCUUCAGUUCGAGAAGCAGCUGCUGACUUGCUAGGAAAAUUUAUGUUAGGACAACCCGAAAUUAUUGACCAGUACUACGAUAGAUUAACGGGGAGAAUUUUGGAUACUUCAGUCGCUGUGAGAAAGAGAGUGAUCAAAAUACUGCGAGAUAUAUGCAUUGAAUUACCAACAUAUAAGAAAAUUCCAGAAAUAUGCAUUAAAAUGAUAAAGCGAGUAAAUGAUGAGGAAGGCAUUAGAAAGCUAGUUGUGGACGUUUUUCAAGAAAUGUGGUUUAAACCUGUGCAUAGUUCUCAGGAAUCUGAAAUAUUGACAAGGAGGGUGUCAAAUAUUACAGCUGUUGUUAUGGCUUUGAAGGACAACAACAAUAAUGAGUGGUUUGAACAAUUACUGAUGAAUUUAUUUAAACCUAAAGAAGAUAAAGAAGAUUCAACAAAAAUGCACAUUGAACCUCCAAAAGUGCUGAUAAAUGCUUGUACGCAAAUAGUUGAAUAUUUGAUUAAAACAAUUAUCUCUCUGGAGCAGUGUCCAGAAGACAAUAAAGAAAGUCAACAAAGGAGUAGCAAAUUGGCUGCGUGCAUGAGCACACUUAAUUUGUUUACAAAGAUCAGGCCUCAAAUGCUAAUUCGGCAUGCCAUUACACUAGAACCUUAUAUGAUAAUUAAAUGUCAAACACCAAACGACAUUGCAAUUGCAAGUGCAGUGGCUAGUAUAAUGGAGCUUACAGUUCCUUUGAUGGAGCAUCCCAGUGAAACAUUUUUAGCAAGAGUCGAAGAAAAUGUUAUCAAAUUAAUUAUGUUCAAUUCAACACCGAAUAUUGUUAUAAAUUGUUUCUCUUGUCUUGGCGCUACUGUGAAUAAUGUUACUCAUAACUAUAGAUUAAUAAGAGAUUUUUUUUCUAGAUGUUUUGGCCAUUUACGUCAAAUUAGAAAUCUUUCUAGUUUAGAAACAGGACUUUUUAAUUCACCAAGUCCAAAUUUUAGACCAUAUCUACGAAGGUUUUUAUUUAUAAUAGGACUAAUGUUACGUCAUUUUGAUUUUAAUGACCCAGUUGUAAUAGAAGGUCUGGAACCCGAUAUCAAAGAUCAAGUAUUCGAAACGUUAUUAUUUUUUAUACAAAUAGAGGAUUUAGAUUUACAACUACACACAUUGAGAGCAAUUGGCUCCGUUUGUGUGAGGCAUUAUGAUUUAAUGUUAAAACCUGAGUUGAAAUCGUUUUAUCACAGAAUGUUGUUGGGUCCUGAUUCACCAACCAAUAUGAGAAUAGAAGUUCUUAAAAAUAUUGAAACAUAUUUGCAGGAAGAGGAAAAAAGAAUGAUAAAACUGAACUCUGAAUGGCAUACAAGAGGAAAGCAGGAAGAUUUGAAAGAGAUGUGUGACGUCUCAUCUGGAAUGGCGAGUACAGUUAUUCAAGCUUACCUUAAUCAGAUAUUACAAUCACUACUUACUGAUAAUGUACAAAUUAGAAAAGCUUCAAUACAAGUUAUUAAGUUAAUAUUACAUCAAGGUUUAGUGUGUCCUUUAAAUAUAGUUCCUUAUUUAAUUUGUUUAAGUACUGAUACAGAAAAAAUGGUCUGUCAUACAGCAGAUAAUCAGCUGCAAGAUAUUCAUAAAAAGUACCUUGGUUUUGUACAUAUGAAAGCAAACGAUGGCAUUACUCUUUCAUACAAACUUCAGUCUAUAAUUCAACAUAAUGAAGAUCAAAUUAUUCGAGGAUAUAGGCAUACAGCUGUAAAGGGAGAAGCACCAGUAGCAUUGAACGGUUUUCUGUACACUUUACUUAGGAGUACUAAACCUCAAAGGCGAGGUAUUCUUAUGUCUAUAUUGAAACAAUUUGAGGAAAAGGACAAGUCCCUAUCCAACAUGUUGUACCUUGCCGAUAAUUUAGCUUACUUUCCAUAUCAAGUGCAAGAUGAACCAUUGUUUGUCAUUCAUCAAAUUAACAUAAAUAUGUCAUUAAAUGGCUCAUCAUUAAUAACCGCCUUCCAUAAGUCAUUGAAUCCAGUGCAAGGUGUGGGAGGUGUUGUAGAAAAGUCGGAUAUUUUAAAUGAUGAAGAUGAAGAUCAUAAUGUUGAUGAGCUAUUACAAAGAAUGCCAGAGGAUACAACGCACCUUCAAAAUUUAAUAACUGCUGCACAAGGAUGUUUGUUAUUACUAUUUCUAAGGGAUUAUUUAAAGACUGUCUAUGGCUUUAGUGAUAGCAAACUGGUGCAGUACUCACCUUCAGAGGCAUCUAAAAUGUAUGAAAAGGCUGUGAAUAGAAAAAGUGUUUCAAAAUUUAAUCCCACGAAUACAAUAAAGAAAUUGAAAGAAGCAUCAUCACAAAUAUUAAGUCUUGAGGAUCGAAAGCAACUUAUAGAAGAAUUCUUAUUUUUCAAACAGAAAAUGAUACAGCAAGAUGAAAAUUCUGAAGACGAAGAUAAAGAUAACACUAAAGUGAAUGGAAUAAAUACUAGUGGGUCAGGUGAAACUCAAUUAAAAGUUCCAGUAGCUAAUAGUGAAACAGUAGAAAACGACACAAGCAACAUUGCAACAAAUUCCCUGCCUACUAAUGUUGAUAUUAGUGAAAAUGCACAUGUGCAACCAAUAAAUGCUGAUAUGCAAGAUCCCUUAGCACAAGAAAUAUCACCAAGUAAAAAAAAAGUUCCACCACUUCGAAUUAGUACAAAUCGUAAAUAUAACACAAAAGUCAAAACCCCGUCACGUAACAAAUCCUCAGAUAAACAAAAAAAGCAUCGACAAAAGAAAAAACGAAGAAGAUAUAUGUCAAGUGAUGACGAAAGUGAUUCCACAAGUGGCUCAGAUUAUUACGUGUAAAUACCUAUAUUGAGAGAUCAAUGUGUAAAUCUGGUGUAUAAGCAUAUUAUUUAUUGGAUAAGUAUUUUUUUUAUUUUUGUAAUUUAUUGAUAGUGUUAUGUGCGUUUGCAUAUGUGGGUUGAGUGAGUGAAUGAGUUUGUAGAUAUUUAACAAAUAGUAUGCGUAUAUGUGUUUGCAAGUAUUGCAUGCAUGCACACAAGAAUAUUAUGUGUGCAUGUUUGUCAAUUCAUAUUUUGCGUUUUUAUUUUAAGAUUACUAUAUUGAAUUUACACAUAACUUCAAGUAAUUAGCAAUA